CAAUCCCACUACUACCUCCUCGCACGUUUGUCCCAUACUUCUCCUCCACCCUCCGCAAGACUGAUAUCCUGAAAACCCAAGCGAUUGGAUUCUACAGGGGAGCAAGAACGCCGUCGACUAGGAUCCUCUCCAGCUAUCCAAGAUUGAUUCGCAGGCGCGCCUCGAGGAGCAGGCGCCGAUGAUGAACGACGGCCGCGUCCACCCGGCGGCGGCGGCCACCAGCUCGGACUUCUCCGGCGAGAUGAACCAGUCCCAGUCCGCCUACUCCUCCUCCGACCCCUCCUCCAGCCCGCUCUACAGCUUCCACUUCGAGAAGCCCGUCCCGCCGCCGGCGCUCCCCCACGGGCAGCAGCCCAAGCAACCGCAGAAGACCAUGCCGCCGCAGAAGCCGCAGCCCGGCACGUACGUGGUGCAGGUGCCCAAGGACAAGGUCUUCCGCGUGCCGCCGCCCGAGAACGAGCGCCUCUUCCAGCACUACACCCGCCGCGCCAAGCGCCGAGGCGGCUGCUCCUGCCUCCGCGCCUGCCUGUACCUACUCCUCGCCAUCGUCUGCCUCGCCGUCCUCCUCGCCGUCGCGGUCGGCGUCGUGUACGUGGUGUACAAGCCCAGGCAGCCGGCGUACGCGGUCGUGUCCCUCGCGGUCUCCGGCCUCGCCGGCGUCGGCAACGCGUCCGCGCCCGGCGCGUUCUCGCCCGGGUUAGACGCGACACUCCGCGCGGACAACAGCAGGAACGGCAAGAUGGGCGUGCACUACGACGGCGCCGGGAGCCGCGUCGCCGUGUCGUACGACGGCGUGAGCCUGGCACAGGGCGCGUGGCCGGCGUUCUACCAGGCGCCCGGGAACGUGACGGUGUUCGUGGCGAAGGCCAAGGGCGCCGGGCUACGGUUCUCGGAACGCGUGCGCGGGCAGAUGGCCGCGGCGGAGCGGCUCCGGUCGGUGCCGUUCGACGUCGACGUGAAGGUGCCCGUGCGGCUGCAGCUCGGCGGGGUCAAGACGUGGGCCGUGUCGGUGACUGUGCGGUGCACCAUCGCCGUGGACAGGCUCGCCGCCACCGCCAAGGUGGUGUCCAGAUCGUGCAGCGCCAAGGUGCCGUUCCUGUUCUGGAGGAUCUGAACGAUGAAGCAAAAGAAGUGGUUAUCCUCCUCUCGGUUGAUUAGGUUAGCAGUUGCUGGUAGCGAAGGAUUCUUUUGGCUCCAGAUGUUUUAUUCUCCUCGUUAAUUCUGUAUACGUUGGUUUGAUCGAGCAAUGUCAUUUUUUGUCUGUCGACGAGGAGUGUUGAUCAUGUUCUGCUGCAAAAAAUGUGCUGCAGUUAAGAUGAUCACGAGUUGCACUGCGCCUCUUGUUUCUCCAUAAGGCCGACGAAAAUGGUGUUGGUAGACACAUAUAAAGUUCUGUCAUAUGGUUUUCAGUUGCAA